AUGUUGAAAGUUACGGCCAUUUGUGUGCGUGUUCUGGUGGAAGUUUCUCUUCAGCAACGGGUAGCAGAAUUGGAAAAAAUUAAUGCAGAAUUUUUACGUGCACAGCAGCAGCUUGAGCAAGAAUUUAAUCAAAAGAGAGCAAAAUUUAAAGAGUUAUAUUUGGCUAAAGAGGAGGACCUGAAGAGGCAGAAUGCGGUGCUGCAGGCCGCGCAGGAUGACCUGGGGCAGCUUCGGACGCAGCUGUGGGAAGCCCAGGCAGAGGUGGAGAACAUCAAGGCCAUCGCCACGGUCUCAGAGAACACCAAGCAGGAGGCCAUCGACGAGGUGAAAAGACAGUGGAGGGAGGAGGUGGCUUCGCUCCAGGCCGUCAUGAAAGAGACGGUCCGUGACUACGAGCACCAGUUUCACCUGCGGCUGGAGCAGGAGCGAAGCCAGUGGGCACAGUACCGGGAGUCCGCGGAGAGGGAGAUAGCGGAUUUAAGGAGAAGGCUGUCGGAAGGUCAAGAGGAGGAGAAUCUAGAAAACGAAAUGAAAAAGGCCCAAGAGGAUGCUGAGAAACUUCGAUCUGUUGUGAUGCCCAUGGAGAAGGAGAUUGCGGCUCUGAAAGAGAAGCUGACGGAGGCUGAAGACAAGGUUAAAGAGCUGGAGGCCUCAAAGGUUAAGGAGCUGAAUCACUAUCUGGAAGCUGAGAAAUCCUGCAGGACUGAUCUGGAGAUGUACGUAGCCGUCCUGAACACUCAGAAGUCUGUUCUACAGGAAGAUGCCGAGAAACUUCGGAAGGAAUUGCACGAAGUGUGCCGGCUCCUGGAACAAGAGCGACAGGAACACAACCAGUUGAAGCACACGUGGCAGAGAGCCAACGACCAGUUUCUGGAGUCCCAGCGCCUGCUGAUGAGGGACAUGCAGCGCAUGGAGGUCGUGCUCACGUCGGAGCAGCUCCGGCGGGUGGAGGCGCUGCGGAGGAGAGACCAGGAGGAAGAUGAACAACAGAGAUUGAACAAGAGGAAGGACCAUAAAAAAGCAGAGGUCGAGGAGGAGGUGAAGGCGCCAGUGGUGUGCGCGUUAGCGCAGGAGGAAUCUGCAGCCCAGCUGUCAAACGAGGAGGAUCAGGAGCGCCUGGAUAGCACCCGCGGCUCCGUGCACUCCUUAGAUGCAGACCUGCUGUUGCCGUCUGGAGACCCGUUCAGUAAAUCGGACAGCGACACGUUUAAAGACGGCCUCAGGAGAGCACAGUCCACGGACAGCCUGGGGCCUUCGGGCUCGCUGCAAUCCAAAGCUUUGGGCUACAACUACAAGGCAAAGUCUGCUGGAAACCUGGACGAGUCGGAUUUUGGGCCGUUGGUGGGAGCGGAUUCGGUGUCUGAGAACUUUGACACCGCCUCCCUGGGGUCGCUGCAGAUGCCAAGUGGGUUUAUGUUAACCAAAGACCAGGAGAGAGCAAUCAAGGCCAUGACACCAGAGCAGGAAGAGACCGCGUCCCUCCUCUCCAGCGUCACCCAGGGUGUGGAGAGUGCGUACGUGUCCCCCAGCGGCUACCGCUUAGUCAGCGAGACAGAGUGGAAUCUCCUGCAGAAGGAGGUGAAGAAACUGCAGGUGAUGCUGAGGCAAGCCAACGACCAGCUGGAGAAGACGAUGAGGGACCGGCAGGAGCUGGAGGAGUCGCUGAAGCGGAGCGCCGAAGACAGCAGCCAGCAGAUCUCUGCGCUUGUCCAAAGAGCCCAAGCGUCUGAGCUCUUGCUUGAGGACUUACAGCAGGGGUUUUCCCAGGCAAAAAGGGAUGUUCAGGAACAGAUGCCAGAAGCAACCGCUAACCUGUUGUGCUCCCAGGACUGUGACUUUUGCGUCUGGCUUCCACACGGGCACUCGCGCCAGGCUCACCCGCACUCCACACAGCGGGGGCCCGGUCCAGUCGUGCCUGUGGGCACGAAGCGGCGUCCGCCGUGGUUCCGAUUUGCGCUGCCCCUAACGGCCGAUUCCCCCAGCUGGUUGUGGAAGCCCCCGGCUGUUCAGAGUGACCCCCACACUGCGCUGCGGGAACUGGCCCUCAGCUACCGCGAGAGCAUCGUGCACGUGCGCACCGCGGCGGAGCACACGGAGGAGAAGCUCAAGGCCGAGAUCCUGUUCCUGAAGGAGCAGAUUCAGGCGGAGCAGUGUCUGAAGGAGAAUCUGGAAGAGACUCUGCAGCUGGAGAUAGAAAACUGCAAGGAAGAGCUAGCCUCCGUUUCUAGCCUAAAAGCCGAACUAGAAAGAAUAAGAGUGGAAAAAGGACAGCUGGAGUCGUCGCUGAGAGAGAAGUCUCGGCAGCUGGAGAGCGUGCAGGAGACGAAGAGCACGUUGGGAGAGCAGUUGAGGAAGGAGACGGCCGCGAAGGCGACUGUGGAACAGCUCCUGUUUGAGGAGAAGAACAAAGCUCAGAGGCUGCAGACGGAACUAGACGUCAGCGAGCAAGUACAGAGGGAUUUUGUGAAGCUUUCUCAGACCCUGCAGGUGCAGCUGGAGCGAAUCCGGCAAGCGGGCUCCCUGGAGAGGAUCCGGGCGAUUCUCAACGACACCAAGCUGACGGACAUCAACCAGCUCCCGGAGACAUGA